UUGUUGACUAACAGAUAGAAACAAAUAUCGCCAGCUUGGAUGUUAUAAUAAGACCAUGCAUAUGACCAGAUACAAAAACUAAAGGAAGAAAACAAAACACCUUAAAAACACUUAAAACACACUCACAUUGUCAGAAACCUACAUCGAGAAACACACUUCUACACAAACACGUUCAUGAAGAACACCACAGAGAAGACCAAGAAGAUGGUUUGUGAUGAUCACGAUAAUGAUCGCAUACUAUGGGAUUGUGGAAGUCCACUUUAUGACUCCUACGAGCUCGUCUCUCUCACUCACAUCAUCGAACGCCACUUCAUGUAUCUCCCCUCUCUCUCCGGCGCCAGAAAAAUUAGUUCUUCUCGUACACCGUCAGAUUUGGGAGAUAAGGCGAAUCGCGCAGCCAGCACCGUCGUGGAUCUAUGCUGUUCCUCUGAUUCGACUACGGGAAAAUUAUUGGGUGGCGUUUUUGGGAAGAAAUGGUGGAAGUCAAAGAAAAAUGCAGAUGUCGUGGAGGAGGAACACAAUAAGAUGAAGACCAAGAAGGUGUUUCAUCGGGUUCUCUCUAGGUUAAGGAUCCCUACCACAAGAUCUGGUUCUCUGAAGAUGUGAUGUUUCUCUCCUUCGUAAAAAAAAAAAGAUUAAUUAUUGUUUGUAUAAUUUGAAGUUUUAUCGAAUAAACUGUAAUGAGAAUGUGAUUUGAACUUUGUUGCUCCAUUGAUAAAAUGCAGAUUUGUUGCAUUUUUAAUAUUGACAUUAUCAUCAUCAUA